GAGUGACAUCUGGUUUACGCUAUCAAGGACGGCAACCAUCUGAAGUCGGGGUCUCCUCCUGGUUGGAAGUGUGGAUAAAAUAAAAACUUGGAGAGUGAGCAUCAAAGGUUACAUCUGCUCUGGGAUUUGCUGAAUGUCACCUGAAGGCCCCUGUGUCUGCUUCAGAGAGCUCCUGUUGAAUGACAAAGACGAUAAGAGCAGUCUUUGCCCAAGACGGGUCUGGAACUUAACAGGGUUCCCAUGACCCCUGUGAUUGCUUCCAGUCAGCAAUGAAAGGGUUAUCGGGUAGCCGCAGCCACCACCAUGGGAUCACCUGCGAAUCAGCCUGUGACUCCUUGUCACACCACUCAGACCACAAGCCGUACCUGCUGAGCCCAGUAGACCACCACCCUGCGGACCAUCCAUAUUACACCCAGCGGAAUUCUUUCCAGGCCGAGUGCGUGGGGCCCUUCAGCGACCCGCUAGCCAGCAGCACCUUCCCGCGCAGGCACUACACCUCGCAGCAGGAGCUGAAGGACGAGAGUGCCCUGGUGCCACGCACACUGGCCACCAAGGCGAAUCGCCUCCCCACCAACCUGCUGGAUCAGUUUGAGAGGCAGCUGCCCCUCAGCCGGGAUGGCUAUCACACGCUACAGUACAAGCGCACCGCUGUGGAGCAUCGCAGCGAUAGCCCCGGCCGCAUCCGUCACCUGGUCCACUCGGUCCAGAAGCUCUUCACCAAGUCUCAUUCCCUGGAGGGGCCAUCCAAAGGCAGCGUCAACGGGGGCAAGGCUAGCCCGGACGAGUCGCAAACUGUGAGAUAUGGCAAACGCAGCAAGAGCAAGGAGAGGCGAUCAGAGUCCAAGGCUAGAUCCAAUGCCUCUAAUGCCUCCCCUACCUCUCCCAGCUGGUGGAGCUCGGAUGACAACCUGGAUGGCGACAUGUGCCUCUACCACACGCCGUCGGGUGUGAUGACCAUGGGCAGGUGCCCUGACCGCUCUGCUUCGCAGUAUUUCAUGGAAGCCUACAACACCAUCAGCGAGCAGGCAGUGAAAGCUUCCCGGAGUAACAAUGACAUCAAGUGCUCUACCUGUGCUAACCUGCCAGUCACGCUGGAUGCCCCACUUCUGAAGAAGAGUGCCUGGUCCUCCACUCUCACCGUGAGCAGAGCCCGAGAGGUUUAUCAGAAAGCCUCGGUGAACAUGGAUCAGGCCAUGGUGAAGUCCGAGGCUUGUCAACAAGAGAGGUCCUGCCAGUACUUACAGGUUCCCCAGGAUGAAUGGACAGGGUACACACCUCGCGGGAAAGACGACGAGAUCCCGUGCCGGAGGAUGCGCAGUGGUAGCUACAUCAAAGCCAUGGGGGAUGAGGACAGCGGGGACUCGGACACGAGCCCCAAGCCAUCUCCCAAGGUGGCUGCAAGAAGAGAAAGCUAUCUUAAGGCCACUCAGCCAUCCCUUACAGAGCUCACCACCCUCAAGAUCUCCAAUGAACACUCCCCCAAACUCCAGAUCCGGAGUCACAGCUACCUGAGGGCAGUAAGUGAAGUCUCCAUCAACAGAAGCCUGGACAGCCUGGACCCUGCAGGCUUGCUCACAUCACCAAAGUUCCGCUCCAGAAACGAGAGCUACAUGCGAGCCAUGAGCACCAUAAGCCAGGUGAGCGAGAUGGAGGUGAACGGACAGUUCGAAUCCGUGUGUGAGUCUGUGUUCAGCGAGCUGGAGUCACAGGCAGUGGAAGCUCUGGACCUGCCUAUGCCUGGCUGCUUCCGUAUGCGGAGCCAUAGCUAUGUGAGGGCCAUCGAGAAGGGCUGCUCCCAGGAUGAUGAGUGCGUGUCGCUGAGGUCGUCCUCCCCUCCACGCACAACCACCACCGUGAGGACCAUCCAGAGCAGCACAGGUGUCAUAAAACUGAGUUCUGCCGUUGAAGUGUCAUCUUGCAUUACAACAUAUAAGAAGACACCACCUCCAGUCCCACCCAGAACUACCACGAAACCUUUCAUUUCUAUCACAGCGCAGAGUAGCACAGAGUCCGCGCAGGAUGCCUACAUGGACGGGCAGGGCCAGCGCGGAGACAUGAUCAGCCAGUCUGGCCUCAGCAACUCCACCGAAAGUCUGGACAGUAUGAAGGCUCUCACGGCUGCCAUUGAGGCUGCAAACGCCCAGAUCCACGGCCCGGCAAGUCAACACAUGGGCAGCAAUGCCGCUGCUGUCACCACCACCACCACCAUAGCCACUGUCACCACCGAGGAUAGGAAGAAAGACUUUAAGAAAAACAGAUGCCUAUCUAUUGGGAUACAGGUGGAUGAUGCCGAAGAGCCGGAGAAAAUGGCAGAGAGUAAGGCGCCCAGUAAAUUCCAGUCCGUGGGAGUGCAAGUAGAAGAGGAGAAGUGCUUCCGCAGGUUCACUCGGUCCAACAGUGUGACAACUGCAGUACAGGCUGACCUGGACUUCCAUGAUAAUCUGGAAAAUUCUCUGGAGUCUAUAGAGGACAAUUCGUGUCCCGGCCCCAUGGCCAGACAGUUCUCACGGGAUGCUAGCACCUCUACUGUCAGUAUCCAGGGUUCAGGAAACCACUAUCAUGCCUGUGCAGCUGACGACGACUUUGACACAGAUUUUGACCCCUCUAUCCUGCCUCCUCCGGACCCCUGGAUUGAUUCUAUCACAGAAGACCCUCUGGAGGCCGUUCAAAGAUCCGUGUGCCACCGGGACGGCCACUGGUUCCUGAAGCUUCUCCAGGCGGAGCGAGACCGCAUGGAAGGGUGGUGUAAGCAAAUGGAGAGAGAAGAGAGGGAGAACAACCUCCCCGAGGACAUUCUAGGGAAAAUCCGAACCGCGGUGGGCAGUGCCCAACUUCUCAUGGCGCAGAAAUUCUACCAGUUCAGAGAACUGUGUGAAGAGAACCUGAAUCCCAAUGCUCACCCGAGACCCACUUCCCAGGAUUUGGCGGGGUUUUGGGACAUGCUGCAGUUGUCCAUAGAAAAUAUUAGUAUGAAAUUUGAUGAACUUCAUCAGUUAAAGGCCAAUAAUUGGAAACAGAUGGAUCCUCUUGACAAGAAGGAGCGAAGGGCCCCUCCUCCAGUGCCAAAGAAGCCGGCGAAGGGCCCCGCGCCGCUGAUCCGGGAGCGCUCGCUGGAGAGCUCGCAGCGCCAGGAGGCCCGCAAGCGCCUGAUGGCCGCCAAGCGCGCCGCGUCGGUCCGCCAGAACUCGGCCACCGAGAGCGCCGAAAGCAUCGAGAUCUACAUCCCCGAGGCGCAGACCCGGCUCUGAGCGCCGCCAAGGACCGUCCCGCAUCCCUGUCCUCGGCCGCCUCCCCGCCCCCUCCGUCUCUGAGCUCAGUGACCGCCACCAUCGUGGCAUAGUUGUCCACCUCGCAGGAGCCGUCCCCAGGCCGCCCCGCUUCCUGGACCACUUUGCCCAUCUUCUCCACCGAGCUUCGCUCCCCCGUCCUGAAGCCUCAUGCAGACAUUCAAACCCUUUAUUUUCUGGGCCAAGCAAACCCACCUGUGUAGAAAAAACGACACCUGUAGGUCACUCACCCUCCUCAGUUCUCUCAAGCUAGUGUGUCCCUAGAACUCAGCAAUAUAAAACCAUAGGGUAUUUCAGAAACCCAGUAUCACAUAGGGUGAUCUUUUGGGACUUACCGUCUUCCACGUGAAAGAAACGAGGGCUCCGACUCCCUUUGUUUGCCCCCCCCAAACGGUUAUUUUUUUACAAGCAGAGAGCGCUUUAUUUCUAAUCUCAGAAAUCACACCAUCUAAUUAGAAUCAAGGUGACACAGAGUGGGGACCAAGCUGGCCUAAGGUUGGGGGCCUGGGUGUGUAGGAGAGGAGGGCGGAGCGCGCAGGUAUAUGCAUCUGUGCCCUCGCAGCUGUACAAACUGCCUCACUGGUACUUCAUCAACCACAGCUUCAAAUGUUUCAAUCAGCAGAAGAUUGUAAAUUCGAUCUUUCAGGGAAAUCAAUCUAUUCUGAAAGGCAAUAAAAUGAAGCAAGUUAAGGCAAAAGGGAACACCGGUGGUUUAAGAUCCUCUAUAAAGAAUCCAUUUAUUUAUCUUAAGAAAAUUUUAGACCUGAAAUUUUUUUUAAUUAACUUUUCUUGUACUCUGUGUAUUAUAAUAUCAUAGCAAUGGUUUUUAAAUGGGAGGGUGGGAAAGAGUUGGUUCUGUUAGUUCAGCGUCCAUCCUGGUGGGGUCACUUAGGAUUUCACGCACGGAAGAACGUUUCUGCUUCUGAGGGGCGGCAAGGCCAUUUCCAGAGGAGAGUUCAGGUUCUCCCGCCACCCGUUGAAUGCCACACAUCCGUCUAGUCUAGUUCAGCCCAGCCCUUCGCAGUUCGGGGGUGUUUUUCUCCUUUGGACUCCUCUCACUCCAAUACAGAGUUCACCUGUUCCCCAGCACAGGAUUUUGUUCUAUGUCAAAUGAAUAAAAUAAAAGGUUUUCUACCCCAGUUGA